CUCAUUGCAAGUUUGAAUCAUUCUCAAUUCUGACUUAUACUGACUGAUUGACAAUGUGAAAUGUUUGUAUCAUAGAUAAGCUUAAGCGAGCACUCGACAUUUCGAAGAAAAGAUGAGUAAUUCAUUUCAAUAUAACAUGGGUAGGUAAUAGGAAUUACACAUAUAUUCAAGCGAAGGCGGACACUUGACGAGAAUUAUAUUAUUUAUCUCUUUUAAAGUGCAACUUUAAUUACUUUAAAAUAAAAUAAAUUCACAAACGUGAGCGAAUAUGCGAAUUAAUCACGAUCAAUUGAUAGUUACUUCGAUGUAAAACUGAUGCAACUUCAUGUACGUUCAUACGCUGCUUAAUACAGGAAAAUUUUAUACCGAUUCGGUGGUUUUUUUUCGUCGCGUAAAUUAAGUACUUAUUUCAUUUUUAAUUAUGAUAGAAUGGUUCGAAUAACAUUGAUAUUUCUACGUAAAUUGAAAUAUAUAAUAAUUUUUAUAACAUGCUUGUCGUUUUAUCUAUCUUAUAAAGUGGUGAAAAAAGUUCAUAUGCUGGAUUUCGAAAGAAAUCUUUCGGUAAUACAAAUAGGCCUACCUACGUUAAAUAUGAAUAUGCAAAAUUUAAACAAUGAUGACAGUUUUUUAAUCAACACUACUGGCUGCAAGAUUCCACGAAGUGAUACAAUCAAUGAUCGAAUACUACCAUUAAUGAACAACUCCUUGCUAGAUGAGAUCCCACAACCAUACUGCCAUUACGUUCGGAAAACGUAUAGACCACCACUAAUAGCUUCCCAAGGGAAUACUCUUUACAUAAUACACAAUUACGUAAAAUUCUACACAAAAUUAAAACCCAGUAAAAUAAAGUGUUACUACAAACCGUUCUGGAAAGCAGGACCCGACAAUGGUAAAUACAAAAGUCUUGGAAAAGCAGUACGUUUUAUCAACUCGACAACAAUACCAUCAACCGUUGAAUUUAUUUCAGUCCGAUGUAAAACAAAACGUGGCCUAAUAUACCGAGACUUCCACGCCUUCGUGCCACAAAAACAAACCACUUACAUAUCUUUGACCUCGUCUCAAGUUAACGUCUUGGUUUUCGGAAUGGAUGCUUUAUCUCGAGUAAACUUUCAUCGUCAAAUGCCACUCACCGAACGUGUCUUAGAAAAACUCAACUUUAUCGAAUACCUAGGAUAUACUAAAUUGGCUGAUAAUACAUUUCCCAAUUUGAUACCUUUGCUAAGCGGUUAUUCGGUAUCUGAAUUAAGACGCAAAUGUUGGCGCUAUCGGACUUCCCAUUUCGACAAAUGUCCAUUUAUUUGGAAAAAAUACAAACAACAUAAUUACACGACCGCUUUCAUCGAAGAGCAACAUCAUCUGUCUCUGUUUCGAUUCGAGAGAGCUGGUUUUAUGAAUUCACCCACAGAUUAUUAUUACUACACUUUUGACAGAGCGAUUUCAGAUGCCAUGGGUCAUACAAGAAUGUCAGCGAGCGACUUGUGCUUAGGACCAAGAUUAUCGGCCCAAAUACUCCUAGAUUAUUCUUUCAAUGUGAUCAGUGCCUUGAAACAUACUCCGUUAUUUAGCUUCAUCUGGGAAGUGAGUCUUUCUCACGACGAUCUGAAUUUACCUCGUGCAAGCGACACUAUGCACGAGAAAUUUUUCAACUCUUUGAACGAUCUCGGCGUAACGGAAACUUCAGUCAUUAUAUUCAUGGGUGAUCACGGUAUGAGGCACGGCAAGAUCCUGGAAUUGUUCGAAGGAUACCUAGAAGAGAGACUGCCCCUGUUUACAGCAUCUUUCCCGAGCUGGUUUCCGGGAAAAUAUCCCUUAGCUUAUGCAAAUUUUGUGGCCAACUCGAGACGUCUCACCACUCAUUUCGAUGCUCACGAGACCCUCAAUGAUUUAGUCGAUUUGAACUAUCUCGAAGACGACGUUAUACGUCGAAGAACUAUCCAACUGAAUCAGCUUCGCAAAAUACCACGAGGAAUAAGUUUAUUUUUGCCAAUACCGCAGGACAGAACUUGUGAGCAGGCUGAAAUACCAUAUACUUACUGCACUUGUAUGCAAACUCAAGAUGAAACCGAGCUCGAUACGAGUUUCGCCUUAGAAGUGGGCGAAUUUUUGGUUUACGAGGUGAAUCAGUUGAUCGAAAAAUACGAUAAAUGCGCCAAACUCGAAUUGCAAGAGGUGAAAAAAAUACAAUUUAUAACAAUGAACGAUAAACGAGAUUUUAUUCAAGCUACUGUACAUACCGAACCAGGAAAUGGUAUUUUUCAAGCGUUGAUCAGGUAUACGGAUGAAGCCCAAAGUGAAAUGGAAAUUGAUGGAGAUAUUACUCGGAUGAGUAAGUAUGGUAACCAGAGCUGGUGCAUGAAUGAACCUGAAAUGAAAUUAUAUUGUUAUUGUGUUUGAACAUUUUCACUGUUUUGUUUUGUACUUUUUUUAGUAAAUGUUUCGUUGAUUUUUUUAUG